AUGAAGCUACCCCUAUUUCCUGUCUACAUUGAUCAAUUCUAUUCGGACGGCGCUUUUGAUGCUGUGUACCUGUUGUCUCACUUUCACACGGAUCAUAUGAAGGGGCUCUCGCCUUCAUGGAGUGAGGGUCUAAUUAUUAGCGACACGGUGACGCAGGCACUGCUUGCUCAAAGCUACGGGGAUACCCUGGAGAAGCGGACAGUGUCAUUGCCGUUGUUCCAACGAACUCCCUUGUUGAGCUUGACAACAAGCCAUUCUUGCUCAGAGGCCAGUCGGAGUGGUGGGGAAAAAAGAUAUGUGUCGUUGGACUACGUUAAGCAGACUCACAGCGAUGACAAAUGUGGUUGCGGUGUCGGUGAAGAAGGGAUGGUGGCGCUGUAUCUCCUGCCCGCCUUUCACAUCCCGGGUAGUGUCAUGUUCUUCCUUGAAACGCCCUGCGGUAAUAUUCUUUACACGGGUGAUUUUAAGUAUGAUGAGCAUGCUAGACGCCGUCUGGACCCCUUCUUUGCCAAUCAUCGUGUGGAUCAUGUAUACUUGGAUGAUACAUGGCUGCAUUUGGGUAUCCACGACGUCUCUCUCUCGGUUAAGGGCAACGAAGGCACACAAGUGCAAAGCAAGAUUCUAUCAGAGAUGGAGGUGGAGGAGGCAAUAGAAGCAGUUGGCCGUCGCAUGGAUAGACGCGUGCGUGACUUUGCACUGGAUAAUAACUCUUGCAAUAAACUUUGUGGUCCGUACGUAUUGCGGGUGUAUUUGCACAAUCAGUUUGGUAAGGAGCACCUUGUUCAACGUCUUGCAACACGGCUUGCAGUUCCAGUUGUAGUUGACCAGACCCGGUACGAGCGUAUUCGCCUUCUUGCUUCGUUUAAUGAAAAAAUUGCGGAGGUCGAUGAAAGAUUUUGUAUGGACGUUGAACGUUUUGUGCCUUUUGAAAAUUGUGGCGCGUGCCCUCGUGUGGAGGUUGUCUCUUCGCUGAAACAGAUCUCUCCUGAAGGGCUUCGGGCUGCCGCCGAAAGAAACGGGGGCACGCCGCACUACGGUAUUGUGAUGUCUGGAUGGGCUCUUUUCCGGCAACGUGGCGGGAAAGGCGAUGAAACGUCUGUGUGGGAAAUACCAACCACACUGCACUGCACACCGCAACAAAUCAUUGACUUUGUCGCGUUGCUGCGCCCCAUGUCUGUGACGCCGCUGCAUUACAAGCCUUGCCGCAGUGUAGUGGUGCUGCAACGACUUGGACCGUUCUUGCGACGACCGUACAUGAACCAUUUUUUGUCGGUUUCGGAUGGGUUGAAAGAUGAUGCAAAGGAAUGGCUGCGCUGCAUUGUGUCCAGCAACAAUGCCAGGGGGGAGGCUUUCUUUGCACCGAAAAGAAGUGGGUUUUGUAUUGGUUCUUCAUCCAUGGGCAAUACGUCUCCUCAACAGGAGACGUCCCUUACUUCUGGGGGAGAGUCUCUAACAAAGAUGGAGCGGCAGCGGCGUAAGAGAGCGCAUGCAGCUUCUUUGUCUUCAAUUAGAGUGAGACGGUGCGAUUACUCACUGUGUUCUGCUACGCCUUCUCUCACGCAACUGGCAGAGUUUCUUGAUCUCUGA